AUGGAAAUGCUGGCAAGGACCAUCAAGUACCUGCAGCCCAACCCAGCCUCGCAGGCUAAGCUGACCAUGCUCAACACGGUGUGCAAGAUCCGGGGCCAGGUGAAGAACCCCGGCUACCCGCAGUCGGAGGGGCUCCUGAGCCAGUGCCUGAUCUGCCACCAGAAGGAGCUGGGCAACGAGUCCAACUUCAGUGACGCACUGCUGGAUGCCGGCGAGUCCAUGAAGCACCUGGCAGAGGUGAAGAACUCCCUGGACAUAGAGGUCAAGCAGAACUUCAUUGACUUCCUCCAGAACCUGUGUGAGAAAGACCUGAAGGGGAUCCAGCACCACGUGCAGAAGCUGGAGGGCCGCCGCCUGGACUUUGACUAA